UUCCAAGUUUGGAGUUAGGUAAAAUUGACUGGUUCUCCUUAAAAUUGAGACCAGUUUAUCUGAUAGCUGAUUGGCUCCUAGUGUCCAUCAUCAAGUGUAGUAGAAGCUGUUAUCAAAGGAGAAUAAAGCAAGAUGUGUAUGGUGAUGCUCGCUGUAUAGACAAAACUAAACCCACAGACAAACCAGAGAACAGACAGACAGACGGGGCUGAACCGGCCACACACAACACACCGCCAAGAUGGCCAUGUUGUCGCUGAAGAUCAGCGUGGUGGGGAAUAAUGUCGUCAAGACGAUGCAGUUCGAGCCGUCCACUCAGGUGUACGACGCCUGUAAAAUCAUCAGGGAUCGCAUUAUAGAGACCAACCCUGGUAAUCCACAAGAUUAUGGACUCUUUCUGGCUGAUGAGGAUCCCAAAAAAGGGGUGUGGCUAGAACCAGGGAGGACACUGGACUACUACCUCCUGAGGAAUGGGGAUUUAUUGGAGUACAAAAAGAAAAUGAGAAUAUUACAAAUCAAAACCUUAGAUGGCAUGCAGAAAAAACUACAGGUAGACGACAGCCAUACAGUUGGUCAAUUGAUGGUGACCAUUUGUACCAAAAUGGGCAUUUCUAACCAUGAAGAAUACUCUCUGGUACGAGAGAUGACUGACGAUGAGAAAGAGAAGACGCUGACUCUACGCCGAGACAAAUCCAUCGCAAAGGAUCAGAAAAAACUGGAGGAAAUGAGGAAAAAACUACACACAGAUGACGAAUUGGAGUGGUUGGAUCAUUCGAGGACACUGCGAGAGCAGGGUGUGGCUGACACAGACACCCUCUUACUGAGGAGAAAGUUCUUCUUCUCUGACCAAAAUGUUGACCAGAGAGACCCGGUACAACUCAAUCUUCUGUAUGUACAGUCUCGUGAUGCGAUCCUGGAUGGUACACACCCAGUAACCCUGGAGGAGGCUAUCAGUCUGGCGGGGAUACAGGUUCACAUACAGUUUGGAGAUUACAUAGAAAACAAACACAAACCAGGAUUUCUAGAUGUCAAAGAAUUUCUACCGAAAGAGUAUGUCAAAACACCGAAAAUUGAGAAGAGAAUUUUUGCUGAACAUAAGAAAUGGGUCGGUGUUCAUGAAUUUGAAGCCAAAGCCAAGUAUACACAGAAAUGUAGAGGAUUAAAGACUUACGGAAUCACAUUCUUCCUGGUCAAGGAGAAAAUGCCCGGCAAGAAUAAACUGGUUCCCCGUUUGCUUGGUAUUACAAAGGAGAGUGUGGUGAGGAUGGAUGAAAAAACCAAAGAGAUUAUGAAAACAUGGCCACUGACUACAGUCAAACGAUGGGCAGCUUCCCCUAACAGUUUUACAUUGGACUUUGGAGACUACUCAGACUCGUAUUACUCGGUACAAACACAGGAAGGAGAACAGAUCUCACGACUGAUCGCGGGCUACAUCGACAUUAUACUCAAACGGAAAAAAGAUAAGGAUCACCUGGGAAUUGAAGGUUCGGAUGAAGCUCCUAUGUAUGAAGAUAGUGUGUCACCCGCAAAGGCAACCAUUAUUUCCCGGAUGCAGGGCAAUGUCAGCCACCCAGAUGUCGCCUCUGUCGCUAUGCCCGGGGUGAUGAGGGGAGGAGUCUCCGGGGAAACACAGAUCAGCAUGGGAUCCAUGUCCUCAGCCCAGCACGGACAGGUCUCAAACGAAAUGCAUAUGGUGCAUGGCAACAGACAGAGUCAAAAUAUCCAGGAGUAUGGGUUGUCUCAGUCACAGAGGGCACUGUUAACGUGUAUAGAGGAGGGGAUUACCUCCAUACGACAGGCUGAGUCACAGAUGGACAAAGGGGCUGCACUUCCCAACUUAGGAAAUGAUGCCGCUUCUAAGAAGUGGAGACAGAACAUGUUAGAUCUGUCCAGACAGAAGGUAGGGGCCCAACUAUCAGCAAUGAAUGCAGCUACAGCCCAGCUGGUUACUAUGUCUAUUGAUGACGAAAUUGACACCAGUCGUGUGGGAGCAGCUGUAGCUCAGAUAACAUCCAACAUUGACGAUUUCUCCCAAGACGUGCGGAUGCUGGGAGCACUACAGGAUGAUGAUGAGAGUAGAAACAAACUCCUGGGAGCCGCCAAACGUCUGUGUGGUGCCUUCUCUGAUCUCCUGAGUGCGGCUGAACCUGGACAGAAGGAGAGUAAAUCUAACCUGAUAUCGGCAGCUAAGACAGUGGGCGAGGCUUCACAGGAAGUGAUGCAAGGAAUUGGGGAGACAGCAGACGACAUGGACAAGAUGUAUCAGGAGACCUUGCUUGCUCUGGCUAAGGCUGUGGCUAACGCUACAGCUCAGCUUGUCCUGAAGGCCAAGAAUGUUGCCAGUACAACAGAAGACCAGGGGCUACAGAACAAAGUCAUCAGCUCAGCUACAAGCUGUGCUCUGGCUACUUCCCAGCUCGUAGCUUGUACGAAGGUGGUGGCCCCCACCAUAAGCAGCCCCGCCUGUCAGGAGCAAUUGAUCGAGGCUGCUAAGGGUGUGGCUCACUCUGUGGAGGGAAUCGUGGAGGCCGCCCAGCAGUCAUGUAGGGACGACAAACUUCUGGCUGAUCUUGGAGGGGCAGCCACAGCGGUCACCCAGGCCCUGAACGAUUUACUGCAGCACAUCAAGAAAGGAGCGGGACCCACCACAGCUGGAGAAUCUCAUGAGGAUGCAGUGGACACAAUACUGACGGUGACUGACCGACUAUUCAGUAGUGUUGGGGAUGCUCACGAGAUGGUCAGACAAGCUAGACACUUGGCUCAGGCCACAUCCUCUUUGGUUGGGGCCAUUAGGAGUGAGGCUGAGGGACACUCAGACUCAGACAUGCAGAAACGACUCCUGGCUGCUGCGCGGCAACUGGCUGAUGCCACCGCCAACAUGGUGGAAGCUGCCAAGGGUUGUGCCUCCAGUCCCAAUGAUUCAGAUAAGCAGGGAAGACUACGCAGUGCUGCAGAAGAUCUACGUGCAGCUACAAACAUCGCCGCUAGUAACGCCCUCAAAAAGAAACUCAUCAGGAGGCUAGAGAACGCAGCUCGUCGUACUGCCUCAGCCACCACACAGCUGAUCAAUGCUUCUAAGAACGCUAACAAAUCUAACACCAACACUUCUUCUGAACAUCAGCUGACACAACAAUGUCAGAUAAUGAAUGAACAAUUACCUCUGUUGAUUCAAGGCUUCCGUAAAUCUGAGACCAACCAAGACAGUGCUACAGCACAGCUACAGCUAAUUAACGCUAGCAAGGAAUUUAUACAGCCUGCCAGUCAGCUGGUGUCUGCUGCUAACGCCGCGGCCCCGACUGUUGGUGACCAAUCGGCCAGUAUAAACCUGAACCAGGCUGUGAAGACGAUGACCACUGCACUGGCCGAGCUGAGGUCAGCGUCCGGUAAGGCUGAGGAGAUGUGUAUAUCUUUAGAGGUGGAUGCUGCACUGGAUCAGCUGAAUGGACUGGACAAGGACCUGGAGGAGUACCGCCGGGCGGUGGACAGUGGCAAUCUGGUCCCACUUCCUGGAGAUACUGCUGAAUCUUCUGCUUCAAAACUUGGAUCCACCUCAAAGAAUGUUGGAUCAGCAAUGGCCCAACUUCUGACAGCAGCUUCACAGGGCAAUGAGAAUUAUGUAGGCGUGGCAGCCAGAGACACCGCUAACGCCCUCCGUGUUCUGACAGAAUCCACACGUGGUGUUGCAGCAACCUCGGAAGACAUUGAGGUGAAACGUCAAGUCAUUGACAGUGCUCGUGAAGUCAUUGACAAAUCUACGCGGCUGCUAGAAGAAACCAAGCGAGCCAUGAAUGAUCCAGACAACCCAGAGAACCAGAGCCGACUGAACCAAGUGGCUAAGGCAGUGUCUGCAGCCCUCAAUAACUGUGUGAACGCACUGCCAGGACAGAGAGAUGUAGAUAACACCAUCAGACAGAUCACCAGCUCUAGUCAGGAGCUCGCCACCACUCAGUACCCCAGCACAGACAGAACCUUCCAGGAGGUUCAGAUUGAGAUCAACAAUGCUGCUGUGAACCUGAACCAGGCGGCCAGUGACAUUGUCACCGCGUCACGUGGCACACCCAAACAGCUGGCCGAGUCGUCUCAAGUGUACGGGUCCUCGUACUCAGAAUUUAUCAAGUCAGGACUCACUAUGGCUGGUUUGUCUAAGGAUGUGGACACACAGAACCAGAUAGUGGGAGGUCUGAAGAAUGUGUCUAUGGUGUCCAGUAAACUCUUGCUGGCUGCUAAAUCUGUGUCUGCUGAUCCAAACGCUCCAAACACCAAGAAUCUGUUGUCACAGGCCGCCAGGGCUGUAACAGAAAGUAUUAACCAGUUAAUCAAUGUGUGUACAGUAUCAGCACCAGGGCAGAAAGAAUGUGAUAAUGCCCUCAGACAAAUCCAGAUGAUGAAGUCUAUGUUGGAGAGUGCUAAUGAACCGGUGACUGACAUGUCCUAUUUCGAAUGCCUCGACUCAGUCAUGGAAAAAUCAAAGAUUUUGGGAGAUUCUAUGACUGGUAUUACAAACCACGCAAAGAAAGGUGACCUGGUGAACUUCUGUGAUUCUGUAGGGAACUUCUCAACAUCUGUUUGUGGACUUACAGAGGCUGCCUCACAAGCAGCCUAUUUAGUGGGCAUUGCAGAUGGGGCCUCUGAACCAGGCCAGCCCGGUCUCGUGGACCAGUCUCAGUUUGCCCGGGCUAACCAGGCCAUUCAGAUGGCGUGCCAGAACCUGAUCAACCCAGCCAGCUCCCAGCAACAGGUGUUGUCUGCGGCGACUGUGGUUGCUAAGCACACAUCAGCCCUGUGUAAUGCCUGUCGUCUGGCGUCCAGUAAAACCUCUAAUCCUGUCGCUAAGCGACACUUUGUCCAGAGUGCCAAGGAUGUCGCUAACAGCACGGCCAACCUGGUGAAGGCCAUUAAGGCCUUAGAUCAGGAUUUCACAGAAGAAAACCGCCAGAAGUGUGCAGAAGCCGCGAAACCACUGACUGACGCCGUGGAUGAACUCACCACCUUUGCUUCAUCCCCUGAAUUCGCCAGCAUGCCAGCCAAGAUAAGUCCUCAGGCCAGAAAAGCCCAGGAGCCCAUAAUUGCUGCAGGAAAAGCCAUGAUAGAUGGAGCCUGUAACAUGGUGACAGCAGCCAAACAACUGGCCGUGAACCCUAAAGACCCUCCCACCUACCAGCUGUACUCUAACCACUCAAAGAGUGUGUCUGAGGCAAUCAAACGACUGGUGUCCUCCAUCAAGGACUGUGCUCCUGGACAGAGAGAAUGUGACGAGUCAAUAGAGAAACUGAACCGGUCAAUCCGAGAUCUUGACCAGGCAUCGCUGGCUGCUAUCAGUCAGAGCCUACAACAGAGGACAGAGAAAUCCCUCAGGGGCUUCCAAGAACAGAUGAUUGGAAGUGCCAGAGAAAUCCAUGACCUUUGUACAAAGGUCAAGGACUCAGCUAAAGCUGAACCAGAAAAUCUGGGUCACAGGGUGACUAUGAUGGCCAGUUACUUUGGUCCUCUGUCAGACGGGGCUGUUGGUGCUGCUUCUCUGAUCCAGAACUCUAAACAACAGACACACAUCCUGGACCUGACCAAGACUGUGGCCGAGUCAGCUUUACAAUUCAUGUACUCGUGUAAAGAAGGGGGAGGUAACCCUAAGGCUCCUAAGCACACCCAUGAUAACAUUGACACUGCUGCUGAGAACACAAUGGAUGUUGUCCAAGAUCUGCUACAAUCACUGGAGGAGGCAGCCUCCCAGGCCGGCAUGGUCAACAGCAUGAUAGAGAAACUGACCAAGUCCAUAACAAAGACAGAUGAACAAGUGAUGGUGAGAGAGGGUAUGUCAUUUGUGGAGUACCAGUCCAACAUGGUCAGCCUCGCUAAAAAGAUUGCCAUGACAACCCAGGAAAUGGUCGGCAAGGCUGGUGUCAACCCUGCUGACCUGGGCAGACUGGCCAAUCAGCUGACCCGAGACUAUGAUAUUCUGGCCAGCAACUCGGCAAAUGCUGCAGCCACUGCUAGUGGUCAAGAUAUUGCCAAUCGUAUCCGUACGACAGUCCAGGACCUGGGUAAGAGCUGUGUGGAGUUGGUACAGGAUGCUGGGAAGGUUCAGGGUGACCCUCACGACACAUUUGCUCGCAGGGACCUCCAGGACCACGCACGCAGUGUUAGUGAGAAGGUCUCGUUUGUGUUGGCGGCCCUCCAGUCAGGGUCACGUGGUACCCAGGCCUGUAUUAAUGCUGCCAGUGCCGUUAGUGGUAUCAUUGCUGAUUUAGACACCACUAUCAUGUUCGCCACCGCCGGGACACUGAGUACUGAGGGAGAUGACAGCUUUGCCAGCCACAGAGAGGACAUCCUAAAAACAGCUAAAGCCUUAGUGGAGGAGACAAAGAAACUGGUACAGGGGGCAGCCUCGGACCAGGAGACACUCGCUGGGGCCGCACAACAGGCCGUCAAAACAAUCACAAAACUCGCAGAUGUGGUCAAACUCGGUGCCGCCUCACUGGGGUCUGAUCAACCAGAGGCUCAGGUGAUGAUAAUUAACGCAGUGAAGGAUGUGGCCUCUGCUCUUUCGGAUCUGAUCAGUGCAACAAAGAAUGCCUCUGGGAAAAAUGUAUCCGAUCCGGCAAUGCUGACACUUAAAGAGUCUGCCAAGGUUAUGGUAACAAAUGUAACAUCAUUACUGAAGACGGUUAAAACCGUUGAAGAUGAAGCUGCACGUGGAACAAGGGCAUUAGAGUCCACCAUCGAGGCCAUAGGGCAGGAGAUUAAGUCUUAUGAAGCUGGAACUCUACCAGAAAAGAAGGCAACAGCAGAAGAUCUGAUCCGUCUGACCAAACCUAUCACCACGGCAACAGCCAAAGCAGUGGCGGCUGGGAACUCCGCCAGACAGGAGGACGUCAUUAUCUGCGCAAAUAUGGGACGCAAAGCCAUUUUUGAUCUCUUGGCUACAUGCAGGGGAACAGCCAGCACCGCUGAGACAACAGAAGUUAGACAGAAGACGAUACAGGCUGGUAAGAGCUGUGCUGUGGUGUACAAGGAUCUACUGGAACAAGUCAGUGUGGUGGUUCAAAAACCUUCUCAAGAGUCCAAGCAGACUCUGGCUGCACUGUCCAGACAAGUGGCGACAUCUGUACAGGAAGUAGUUCAUUGUGCAGAACUCAUCAAAGGUACAGAUUGGGUUGAUCCUGAAGACCCUACAGUGAUAGCAGAAAGUGAGCUACUGACAGCAGCCAAAUCUAUAGAGGCUGCAGCACAGAAACUCUCACAACUCAAACCACGCAAAAAGGCAAAGGAAGCUGACAUGAGCUUGAACUUUGAGGAACAAAUUUUAGAGGCAGCCAAAUCCAUUGCUUCUGCCACUGCGGCUUUAGUGAAAUCAGCAUCAGCUGCCCAGCGAGAGCUCGUGGCUCAAGGAAAGGUUCGCACGCGACGAGAGAUUGGUGCUACGUACCAUAAGUCACAGAUACUGGACGACGAUGGCCAGUGGUCAGAGGGACUCAUAUCAGCUGCUAAACUGGUAGCAGCAGCCACACAUAGUUUGUGUGAAUCUGCCAACGCCAUGGUACAGGGUCAUGCUACGGAGGAGAGGUUGAUUGCCUCAGCUAAGGAGGUCGCAGGGUCAACGGCCCAUCUGUUAGUGGCCUGUCGGGUCAAGGCUGACCCUAACUCUGUUGCCAUGAAGAGACUCCAGGCUGCUGGUAACGCCGUGAAGCGAGCUACAGAAGUCCUGGUUAAGGCUGCACAACAAGCCAAACAGAGAGACGAGGAUGAAGAAAUUGACGUCGCUGUCGAUUCCCGUAAAGUGGGAGGAAUUAAACAGGAACUGCAAUUUCAAGAGGAGAUGUUGCGUAAAGAGAGAGAAUGGAUAGAAGCAAGAGAGAAGCUAGCCAAAUUUAGAAAACAGCGAUACAAAGAUGCGCCCCAUGAUAGCGAUUCCUCAUCAGCGUUCUAAAACAGCUUUAACCAUAAACUGUAUAGUGCCUGUCUUAUGUAUUGUGAUUUCAUUAUGGCUUCCACGUCCAUUUGACCUUAUAAAGGUCAUGGAGAGAAGAGUUUCAGAGACCAAGAUGAGGGGUGUGGCUAGGAAAGUGUUUGAUUGGAGUGGGGUUUGCAGUGAGUUUACUUUUUAGGCAGAUUAGAAUGAUACUGGUCAGAAUGUAGCAAGAUGUUUGUAUUAGGACUCGGACAUUAAAGAAUUAUGUUACAAAUGAGUGGAAUUUUACAAAUGGAUUCAUGUAAUAACUGAGUAAGGCUUAUAAUCUCUCUACUUGAGGAUAUUUUAUUGAGCAAUAGAUGAAUAUAGUUUUACAGUUAUCAAAGAUUUGAUUAUUAAGCAAUAAAUAUCAUUAACAAUUUAUUUUUCUCAAAGUUAGGAUCUGUUAAGUGGUUAUUUGGGGGAAAAAACCUGAGUUGCAGUUAUACGUAUUUUUUUAUUUUCUACGUAGAAUUUGUGAUAAAAGAUUCAGAAAAUUAUGCAACACUGUAAUGAUUUGAUUUUGUCUAUGACUUUGAUAAUAGAUUUGUAAUGUCUUUGUUAUGUACUGCAACUACUUGUGCUUUGUUAUACAAAUGAAUAUUUUUGUGUCAGCUAGCACACCAUAUUUUAUAUAGAAUAAAAAUGUUUGCAAUAAUGUAUUUUACACAUAAAUAUUAAUAUAUAAACUUAAGUUAACUAAUCUCUAUUUUGAUUUUGAAUGACUGCAAAACAGUUUGUUCUGUGUAUGUUUGUUGUUUUUGCUGUUGCUAAGAAAAAUGAAAUCUAUUAAGCAUGGAUAUCUUUUUUUUUUAUAAAUUUACAUGUAUGUUAAUUAUAGAAAGUGAUCUGUAACCUCUAUAUUUUUGUUGUAUGGCUUCAGUAAAAAACCGAAUGAUUAACAAGCUAGUCUUUAUAUAACCAGUGCUAAGUCUGUGUGUGUGGGCUGUAAUUUUCUGUUUUAUUAAUACACUCUGUGUAUGUAUUUAUUUCUAUCACAGCGGAUGCUGCUAACUUCUAUGUACACUGUUUUAUAUUAUAUACAUGUACUGCACUACGUAUACUAUAAUAUGUAUACUACACUAUAUAUACUAUGCUGAUCAGUCCAGAUAUACAUUGUAUCUAGAUAUGUGACGUCAACUACAGCAUGUACAACAUACUAUUUAUACUGAUGAUUAUUUCACCAUUGAUCAAUAAUUAUCUAAAAUUAUCACCAUUUAGACUGAUAAUUAUCUCACCAUUAAUUGUUAAUUAUCUAUAAUCAUCUACCAUUAAAGAUUGAUAAUUAUCAUCAACCACUUACGCUAAAGGUACUUCAACAAGUAAAACAGCAAUCAUAGCUAUCAAAAAAUCUUAUUAUUUUUCUUGAAUAUUUUAAUUAAAUUGGAUAAGAAAUAUAAUUUGUAGUGAGUUCAAUAGAUCAAGGUAGAUAACUACUUUCACGAUAUCUUGGAUUCUGUUUAUAAACUCCUAUAUCAUUGUAUUAUAUACAGAAUUCUGUUUCAUUUUCACCCAAUCCUUGCAGGGUGUUACAUUUCAUUUAAUCACAUUGUGUAUACUAUUGUUAAUAUCUCCCUAUGUGACAACAUGAACUGCAUAUCAAAGAUUUUUAUUCACGAUGCUUAUGUAUUGAGGUGUUAUAAGUGAUGACAAUAAAUAUAUGUAUAAGAUUUCAUAA